GCGUCAAUGACUUUUUAAUAAAUUUGACUUUUCAUCCUUUUUUGGUUUAAACUGCUGCAGCAGUUUUUUAUGUAAAAAUUAUUCCAGAAACGAAAAACCCAAGAACGCCACGAAGGAAACGAAAAAAAUGUCUUACAAGGGUGGAAAUAAACACGCGUGCAUUGGAUGGUGGUGUUCCUAAUAUUAUUCAAAGCGAAAUCAUUGAUAAUUUGGAAGGGACUAAAGAGAACUUCUUUAAAGAAGCUCUAUUACCAAAUGAAUGUGAUCAAGAUGGAAUAGAAUUAAUUCACUUUUUAUUUGAAUUUAAAGAUGGCAACCACUUUAUUUCAUCAUGGAAUGGUUUAAAAAUCAGUAGCAUUUUAUUUGUUGAAAUUUCAAAAGGCGAACUAUUAUCUGGAAAUAAAGAGAGCUUUGUCCAACUUCUUGACUAUUCAGAAGAGGUGAUAGGAGCUUCAACUCUCAUUCUUUGUAUUCAUAAAGAUAGAAAGGACAGAGAGGACGUGUUGCGUACUUUCAUGUUCCUCGGAUUCCAGCUAGUCCAUCACAGCAAUAUACCGAUUUCGAUUAAGGAGAAUUUUUUGUACAUGAUGUAUUCUUUUGACGAUUAAAAACAGAUUUUUGUUUCUUUUUGAAUAAUAAAUAUCGUUUCCAUCUUGGUUGUUAAAAU